UGCUCCUUAACAACCUAUUUCUCCUUUUGCCUACCACCAGAAAGACAUCCUAAGCCAGCCUACCCCUCUGCCCCCACUCCCUGACAUCACUCUUGUAGCCGGUCCCUGGAUGCCUGCCCCCUCCCUCCUCUCCCGCCGCCUCCUGUGUCUCCCAGCCCUGCUCUGACGUGGGAGGUGAGGGGGGUGGGGGCUGGGUGAGUCACAGUAUUAUGAUGCAGUUCCACAACACACAGCCACAUUUACCCACAGACCGAGGUGCGGAACAAGAGGCAACCUCUGCCCCCCGCAGCUGUCCAGCCUGCAGUCCCAGUCCUCAGCCCCCAGCUACCCUCCCCAGAUCUAUCCCCUUCCCAACUGAAGGAGCCAAGAGAGAAGAGAGAAGAGUGAGCUGAGAGAUUGAGGUAGACGGAGAUCUCUGGAGCAGACCUCAAGGUGACUUCCAUUUCCAUCUGGUUCUCGUCUGGGGGGGCCCUGGCCGGGCAGCCCCCCCACACUCCCACUGUCCUGAAACACGGCUCUAGCCAAUCUGCUCCGCUGCUUUACCUGCGACCGUCUCUGCGGGGGCUGCACGGCUCCAGCCCCGCCGGCCCGCCAGGGCAUCGUCCUGCAGCCCGUCAUGCCCAGCUGUGACCCCGGCCCGGCCCCUGCCUGUCUACCCGCCAAGACUUUCCGCAGCUACCUGCCGCGCUGCCACCGCACUUACAGUUGCGUCCACUGUCGGGCACACUUGGCCAAACACGACGAGCUUAUUUCCAAGUCCUUCCAAGGGAGCCAUGGCCGGGCCUACCUGUUUAACUCCGUGGUCAACGUGGGUUGUGGGCCAGCUGAACAGCGCCUCCUGCUCACAGGACUCCACUCGGUAGCCGACAUUUUCUGUGAGAGCUGCAAGACCACACUGGGCUGGAAAUAUGAACAAGCUUUUGAGACCAGCCAGAAAUACAAAGAAGGGAAAUACAUCAUUGAGAUGUCACACAUGGUGAAAGACAACGGCUGGGACUGAGGGCCUCAGCGGGCUGUGACCCUCCUCCGCAUGCCCCACCCCUCACCAGUCCCCUGACCCUGCCACGCAGUCCACACCAGCAUGAGUACUGCCCACCCCUGGGGAAAGCUGGCUCCGAGCGACCACCCUUCCCCCUUCACAGCGUACCAGGACCCUCUGGAGCAGGAGCCUGGGACACCCCAGGGGUGGUUGAGGCUCAGGAGUGGGUAGCAGUCAGGGAAAUACAGAACAGGGUGUCGGGGGAUGGUUGUGGCACUGAAAGUGAUGGCAGGGCGUGAACUCAGGCAGAAAGGACUACGAAUUACCAAAUUUGAUCGGCCUUUUUUGAAUGAACAGGACAUUGGUGGUGGUGCUGGACCACAGGGCAGCAAAGACUUCCGCCGGAGUGAAAUUUUGGCCUCAGCAUCAGGGCCCCAGAGUCAGAGGGCAGUUUGUCCACCCCCAUUCUCCGUUAAGGACUAGGGAUGGGGCCAAUACAAGAAAGAACACAAACCCUAGACCCUGGGAAAUCAUUACAGGGGUUCCCAUUUCACUCCACUGUUUACCUUCGCACUAAAGAGGCACUUUCAAGUAUCUAAUCUUUGCCAUUGGGUGGGGUGGGGAACGCUGCUCCAAGAACAGCCCCCGCCCCCAGCUGGCUGUUGCCAGAGAGCAGUCUUUAUGGGCGUUCCCCAAGGCCCAGACACUGCUCCCUGGGACCCGGUUCCCUGGAGGUGGAUCGGCAGCGCUGCGGGACCAGUCUUUCCUGUGACUGCCACCAGCGAACGAAACUUUUGUAUGAUACAUAAAGUGUUUGGGUCUAUUUUUAAUAAAAAGGGCAAAAGGAACUGUGA